AAAAGAAAAGAGAAAAGAGAAAAAAGAGAAAAGAAGAAAAGAAAAGAGAAAAGAAAAGAGAAAAGAAAAGAAAAGAAAAGAAAAGAAAAGAAAAGAAAAGAAAAGAAAAGAAAAGAAAUCCUUUCUGAGCAUAGUCCAUUUUGGAAGCUCAUCUAUUAAGAAUUUUCAAGUAACAUUCAGUUGAUAGGAUGAAAAAAUUCAAGAGAAGGCUAUCCCUCACUCUUCGAGGAAGCCAAACUAUUGAUGAAUCAUUGUCUGAAUUGGCGGAACAAAUGACUAUUGAAGAAAAUAGCAGCAAGGAUAAUGAGCCUAUUGUGAAGAAUGGCAGGCCUCCAACCUCUCACAGUAUGCAUUCCUUCCUCCACCAGUACACAGGAUCCUUCAAGAAGCCCCCGUUGCGGAGACCACAUAGUGUUAUUGGAGGAAGCCUUGGAUCCUUCAUGGCAAUGCCCAGAAAUGGAAGCCGACUAGAUAUUGUUCAUGAAAAUCUAAAAAUGGGAUCAGAUGGUGAGAGUGACCAAGCUUCUGGGACAUCAUCUGAUGAAGUACAGUCACCUACGGGUGUUUGUCUUAGAAAUCGUAUACAUAGACGGAUCUCAAUGGAGGAUUUAAAUAAACGGUUAUCAUUGCCUGCAGAUAUCAGAAUACCUGAUGGGUAUCUUGAAAAGUUGCAGAUAAACAGUCCACCAUUUGAUCAACCAAUGAGCCGAAGAUCUCGUAGAGCUUCUUUAUCAGAAAUUGGGUUUGGAAAAAUGGAAACCUAUAUCAAAUUGGAAAAACUUGGAGAGGGUACAUAUGCAACAGUAUAUAAAGGAAGAAGUAAAUUGACAGAGAAUUUGGUGGCGUUAAAAGAGAUCCGGUUGGAACAUGAAGAAGGUGCACCCUGCACAGCUAUAAGAGAAGUUUCACUAUUAAAGGAUCUAAAACAUGCAAAUAUAGUAACCUUACAUGACAUUGUUCACACAGAUAAAUCUUUGACUCUGGUAUUUGAAUAUCUGGAUAAAGAUCUAAAACAGUACAUGGAUGACUGUGGAAACAUCAUGAGUAUGCACAAUGUAAAGCUGUUUUUGUACCAAAUUCUACGUGGUUUGUCAUAUUGCCACAGAAGAAAGGUAUUGCACCGAGACUUGAAACCACAGAACCUACUCAUUAAUGAAAAAGGAGAAUUAAAGCUAGCAGAUUUUGGGCUAGCCAGAGCCAAGUCAGUUCCCACAAAGACCUACUCAAAUGAAGUCGUCACACUGUGGUACCGGCCGCCUGAUGUGCUUCUUGGUUCCUCAGAGUACUCAACACAGAUUGACAUGUGGGGUGUUGGUUGCAUUUUCUUUGAAAUGGCUUCUGGAAGACCUCUAUUUCCAGGAUCAACUGUGGAAGAUGAACUGCACUUAAUUUUCCGACUGCUAGGAACACCAUCUCAGGAAACUUGGCCGGGUGUUUCUUCAAAUGAUGAGUUCAAGAACUAUAACUUUCCAAAAUACAAACCACAGCCUCUCAUUAACCAUGCACCCAGGUUAGACUCUGAAGGAAUCGAGUUGAUAACAAAAUUUCUUCAGUACGAAUCUAAGAAACGGGUUUCAGCAGAAGAGGCCAUGAAGCAUGUGUACUUUCGAAGUCUGGGACCAAGAAUACAUACUUUACCUGAAAGUGUAUCAAUAUUCAGUUUGAAAGAGAUUCAGUUGCAAAAGGACCCGGGUUUUCGAAAUUCUUCUUAUCCAGAGACAGCUCAGUAAUUCUUCAGAGAGAAAUCUGACUCAGUCAAGUCAGGGAUCCUGAAAGCUGCAGAUGGCACAAAGACCUUUUACAAGUGGCCUGGCUUGAUCACUGCACACGCCAUUCCUGGUACCUGAGGCAGAAGACACAUCUUAUGCUUCCCUAGUCAUCAGGUUCAUCACUUCGAAGCAUAGAAGCUGUAGACUGACCCCAUCAACAAAAGGGUCAUUUCAGACAGUGCUGAUCACUCUUACGUGGAAGAUUAGUUUUUGCUGGUGGGAACAUUAGCUUCCUAGAGUCACCAAAUACUGUAUGUGGGAUAAAACUGAACCUUGAACUGCCUCAUAAAAUGACUUUAUAUUUUAGGACAUGGGAAGAACAGAAGACAGAGCAUGCUCUUUUAAGUCUGAUAACAUGGUUUCAAGCCCAGCCCCCAGCCUUUCUUAUCAAUCAAGGACUCAGAUCUGAAGGCAAUUAUUUCUUUUGGUGGACUUGGAAUCUCCGUUUGUCUACACUGUCCUCUUCACAGUGGAGUCUUUUUAUUUCAGACCUACAGAUUGUUUUUAUAUUUGUUGUCACAGUGUGACAAUUUUUUUGUACAGUUGGUUUUAAGGUCUUCUCUGCCAUUAGAGCCAGUAGGUUACAGCUAUUGAUGUAACUGUAGCUGCAAUUUUUGUGCAGGACUGAGAAACACAGUGCAUUAUUUAUUGCGGAAUCAUUGCUGCUAAAUAACUACUGUCUGUUUAUUUAACACAACAGUUAAAUGCCUGAAGAAGUUGCAGUGGCUUUAUUAGAUGUGAAUGCAUCUGUUUCUCCCCAUGAAUUGUUUUACUGCUGCAUUUCUUGUUUGUUUUUAAAAUUAAACUGCAGUGUUUCCUGGAAUGUAAGUUUAGCUUUGCUUAACAGUAAAAUAAGUGAGCCAUCUUGAACACUCUAAGUUCAUGCUGUAUAAUCUUUCAUUGAACAUCAGCAAAUAGAGUAGCUAAAAAAUUGAUGAGUACAUCAUGUUUAGGAAAGCAUGUGAUGCAGAGGUUGAUUCAAGCAAGUGAAUACCUGACAUGGGGAUCUCACAUUAGAUACCAGUAAUUUAAAGCACCAAAAUUAUUUAUUUUUACCUUGCCUCAUUUUAGAAAUAUUUACUGCAUAUUAUUGGAUAUGUGUAUACUAAUACACUUACCUAUUUUACAUUGUGCUUUAAUUUAGUUAAAACUAAACCAUACAAGUCCAGUGAAAUAUGUGAGGUCUUGUUUUCAUUUUAAAUACAGUUCUUUUAUUAGAAAGGAUGAUACUUUUGGGGGGAGCCAUUUAUUUCAUUUGGGGGCUGUCUAUAUGCGUGUGUUUUAAUAACAUUCACUUGGAAUCAGCUAAAAGCUGUAAUAUGUCUUUGAAAUGAGCCAUGAUAAAUACAAAUGACAGAAAGGAGAACUGAGGAUUGUUUUAAAGCAUUGUAGGUAUUAAUGUGUUUAUCAGAGAUAGUAAAUAUUACAGUUUCAAUUAUGCAUCUCUUUGAACAUCAUAAACACGCCUUGGUGUUGGUAAGUGUUUUAAGCAUUUGUGUUAACUUUUAAGGACUAUUUGUUUAGUGCAUCUUACAAACUACAAAUCUUAAUUGGUAUAUUUUGAAAUGGUCAUGUAAAUUUUUGGCUUAUAUAUCAUGAAAAUAAUCAUAACUUAAUUUUUUUCCUGAUAUUCACUGUAAAACAUUCAGGGGUCCUACCAUUUCUGUUCAGGAAAUCUUGUAGUUUAUUGUUAUUUAACAGUAUUAAGUGAAUUUUUGUAUAUUUCAUUUUAACUUUAUUUGUGAAUAGUGAUUGUGGCAUGUUUGGGUGUUAUUUUAAUAUUUCAUGAGACAGAAAUUUUAAUUUUUAAAAAAAAUUUUCUGGAAGAAACAGAUUCAUGUGUAAUGGUGAAUAUUGGACCACUACUGCUUUUCACAUUUGUAAAUUGGUUUUAUGUUAAACCCUGUAGCCUAACAAACUGCUGUUAUUUCUAACUGACAGACAUGUAUUAAUAUUGUACUUUGAAGGUUAUAAAUAUUAUGUGGAAAUUCCUCCAUUUUGUUUUGAAAUUUAUAAUAACAAGAUCUUCAUGUUGUUAAAA